AGUGUCUUUCUCUUUCUCACGUUUGCGAUUAUAGGCAAUGUUGCAACUUUCUGCCUCGGACAGUCGCGCGUCCGCCCAGCUACUGGACGUCACCCGGCUUCCGGCCUCUGGCGACUGCUACGCAAUGCAAAAGCUGCAUCGUAGUCGUAGUGAUUUUGCAGUCAAGUAUGGACCACGAAUAAAAACAGAAAUUGCUUUUGAGCCAGAGUCUGCAUGACACACUUACCUAAGCAAAUUUGUACGAUUUUCCACUAUUACUGCCUGCGCCAAUACUGUAUUUGCAAUGCAUAAUAGCGAGGAGCUGGCGAAAGUUGCGGGAAACUACAUGACCCGGAAGGACGCGGACGGGCUCCAGGGGGUGUUGGGCAUUUGCGAAGAAAAAUUGGGGAAAAUGUUCACCGUGCUGCUAGCGCAGCAACUUUUGCAGGACGACGACGACGGGCGCGGAAGAGAAACAGUGAAAAGAGGAGGUCUACUUGGAGGUGUGACGACUACAUCACCAGGUACUAGAUGUAGUAACCCAACCUCGCUAAUGAAAAAGAUACGCUCGUCGGACGACGCUGUAUGGCGACAACUUUCACGACACACCGACAGUUAUCCGCAGAAGACGUUCGUUUUGUUGAGGACCCAUGUUGGAGACACGACAGGCACGAUCGGGACAGACACGAGACAACUUGUUCCGGAAUCAUCACAACUACAACCUGCUUCGAUAUUGGAGACCGCCAUCCACUUUCACCACGUGGUUGAUAAUCCCGGGCUGGCGCUGAAAAUUUCGGAAAUGCUCUUGCUCGUCGCCGCGAUCUAUCCAGAAGUACUUGCAGAUGAAGCUAGAUCGUAGAACUAGCACAUCGUGGAUGAACCGCAGCCAUUACCAUUUAUGUACGGAUGAAUACAAGAAAUAAGAAUUUGCACAAUGAAAAUUUGUUAUCUCGAGGCAGCUAAGGAAUUUAGAGUAGUGUAGAGUAGUCUCGGGUCGUUUGUAUUUGCAACGAACGUAGUGUUAGUCUUUUUUGACUGCGAUAGCUUUCCAUAGGAUACUGCCGCACGAAAGCUGGUCAACCUGCAAGUGGAAGAGGAUACUGCUACACAGGAGCGAGACAGAGCAGGAUCACCGUCACGAGUAAAAGGAAGUGACCAGCAGGGACCCCGCUGUGUUGAAGGUGUACUACGAAACACGCGAAUAGCAGAGGGCGCGGUUCGGCAGUCGAUCGUACUCACGGACUUCCUGCAGGCGUUUCUCCACCGGGCCGAGAGGUCGGCCUACUUACAGGAAGCAGAUCCAGCAAUUAUGCGGGCGACGAGAAGCACGAAUAACAAUAAAGGUAAAACGGACUCGAACACCUCUACAAGUUCCUGUUCCCUGUCGAUUUCCGCGUGCUCCCCGGCCCGACGCGGAAUUGGUGGAUCUUCUCCAACGAGUGGAAGAAAAAAUAUAGCCAGCGACCCACCGACGAAGACCACGAGCCAACCGCCGUGGCAGACCCCGGAGUUCCGAAACACGGUCGCGAACCUGUUUUGCAGUGCGCACUGCAUGCUGGCGUGCGAAGAGACCGCCGCGGUGCACGGGGUGUUUGCGUGCGCGGCGCGGGAUCUAACGAAAGCAUUCCGGAAGUGUGUGCUCUCCCAGUUCGCGGCGGCAGGUCUCGCGUUUGAAGAGGAUUUGCUGGCGCGAAUAGAAAAGCAGCAGCAGAAGGAGAGAGAGGAGGAAGGGAAAAAAAUCCGGGUUGCGAAACUGCAGGAAAAAAUGCAGAAAAAGAAGAAAUUAGUCUCGGUGCUGCAAAAGCUCGAGAAGGAUGCGCGGGAGAACGUCGAGGGCGUGAAAUUGGCUGCCGCGGAAAAAUUAAAGCGGGCGGCCUUGUUGACGAAGGUUCUGUGCAAGUUAAAGUUGGACGCAGGCGGUGGGGGCGACGGUUUAGGAGCUUCAAAAGACGCAAACAAUACCACGAUUGCACCUCCAGGAGAGCAAGAUCAAGAUGAAACCUCCCCCCCGACGCUUCUGCGCACCAGCAAGGAUAAUAUCGUUUUCGACAAGGAAUUGUUGGCGGAAGUGGUGCAGUCCGAUCCCCUGGGGGAGAAACUGGGCGGCAGAGCGGAUGAAAAGAUCGAAGCCGACCCGGGCGCGGCGGAGGCUCUGGAGGACGUAUCAAAUGCAAAAAUGUCCGGGUCUGGAAGAGUCAUGUUGUUUCACAGAAGGUCUGGCAUGGAAGUGCAUGACACAGAAGGUCUGGCAUGGAAGAUCUAGCAUCACACGUUUCGAGAAGCUUCCGCAGUGCUGAAUUCGCAUGACAAAUCCCCCACUUUGCUGUCAGAAAGUGGGCAGCCUCUGCUACCUAUGCAUGCGAGAUUUUUCUGUGUUCUGAAAUGCGCAUCACAAGUUUGUAUUCUUCCAAACCCAGACACAUUUGCAAUCCAUUGGACGACGAAUUUGACGACGUGCACGUGGAUUUUGACGGAUUGCUUUCCGCCGAGGGCCUGACCGCGUUGUUCAACGACGUGCAGCGGCAUUUUUCAAGCCUAGAUGUUGACGAUAUCGACUUUUCCGGCGAGGAGGACGCUUCUGGAACGGGGAAUGCGGAAAGCGUUCUGUUCGACGAUGAUGAGGGGGACAAAAACAAGAACUUGACACGGAAAAAGUCUGUAAGUCGCGCGAACAGCAAAGCGUUUUUGAAAACGAAACCCGCCCCCGACCCGACGGAUCCGUGGAUCAAGAUCGGGAAGUUUUUCGACUUGGCAGGGGUCGGGGACCCGCGGAUUGGGUUGAUAGAGUUGAAGAAAGAGUUGCAGUCCUGUUUUGACGAGGUCAAGGAAACGUUGGAGAACGCGGACUGUCUAUGACAGUUGGAAAAGGAGCUAGAUCGUAAUCAUCUUCACUAGCUUUUGCAAAGUUUGCAUGCGACGAUGAAAUUAGAACCACGAUAGAAAAUCAUGGCACCGCACGACACAGAAAACUGCCGUAUCCGUCUUUUUUAUUCUGUUCCUGCGCAACAUUGAUCAGCACGACCACCCAACCCCACAGAACUAAAAGUUGCGACGUAACGAGACAAGUGAUACCAGAGAAGAGAUCUUUCUUGUUUUCACCGUGAUUUUACUUGGCGACGCAAGUGGAAAUUGUGGCGAGAAGGUUACUGUCACUAAAAACGAUGAAGGUGGAAACGGGCACGGGGGUUGCAAAAACCUCAGUGAUCAAGAAGGAUGGUUCAUCAUCACCCGGUUCUUCACCGACAUUCUCCCGCUCCCCGAAUAAUCACCGCCUUACAGCAUUGCCGAAAUCUCUGAUGCAGGAAGCGCAUUUGCGGCACACGAGGAUGAUUCGCGAUACCGUCGCGCGACUUUUGGGGGAGAUGGGGGCGCUGUUUGAAAAAACGGUAGAGAAGCAGGAAACAUAUUUGACGAAUUACGCUCGAAAAUUCGAAAAGAAAAUUCAGCGGAUGGAAAGAGAAAGCGGUGUGCACUACAAAGUCAAAGUAGAGACUAGUGUCUAGUGAUAGUUGUCUCCUAAGUAACGACCACGCUAACGGCGGAGGAUAAGGAAGCUCUAGCUUUGCUGUCGUGUAAUUGAUGCUAAAGAAGUAGAAGUAAGAAGUGGAACAGAAAUUUGAAUUCCGUAUUUCUCCUUCGAUAAAGACGGCCUUUGGUAUUGGUUUUACCGUGCGCCAUGGUAAUUCCAACAGUGUUGGCAGUGGCAACUACGAAUGCG